AUGAAGCUACGUAAUUAUCAGUCGAAGAAUUACGCGAUUUUGACCUUCAUGAAGUCCGCCAAUAUGAUCCAACCUUGGUGCCAAGGUUCCCGAGUGUGCUCGCCCUCAGCCAAGGUUGGCCUCGCUUUGGAGGCUACGGCCUCGCAAGAAGGACAAAUCCUUGAGGAGCAAGGUCUUGCGAAUAUUCAAUGUCGCGAAAUUAUUUUGCUCUUCUUUACCUUACAACACACAGCGCGCAAUUACUAUAUAUUUUAA